AUGAAUAGUGCCCAAGUCAACUAUACUGUUACGGAGAAUGAGCUCCUUGCUAUUGUGUUUUCAAUUGAGAAGUUUCGCACGUACUUGAUCGGUGCAAUAGUCAUUGUCCACACAGAUCAUGUGGAUCCUCUUUACCUUAUGAGCAAAAAGGACUCCAAAGCUCGGUUGAAGAGAAGACAAUUGGUCGAUCAAAAGGAUGAGGUGACACGUCAAAAAGGAGAGGCGAAUCUUCUCGGGGACGAGGGAAAAGGAAGUCUCAUAGGGCAACUCAACCUCUAUUCAAGAGGAGCAACCGGCCACACAACCAAGGCUGCAGGGGAGAUACCAGCUCGUGGACAAGCCAUCCCUGAGGUAGGGGAUCAUCGGCUACACCAGUCCCUGAGGCACAGGUCACACAUGAUAUCCCUAAUGAUGGCAGAGGGGGUGAUGCCACAACUUCAGGACUUGAAAGAUCAAAGAAGAAAGAGGUUUGGGAGGAUUGCUUUGUCAUCCUGGCCACCUUCACCAGCUUUUGUAUGUGGUGGCCUGUGA